CUUUGCGAAGGUGAAAUUGGCCAAAAAUGUUGAGAAUGGUGAAUUUGUUGCUAUCAAAAUUCUGGAUCGUAAUCAUGUGCUUCGACACAAUAUGAUGGAUCAGCUGAAGAGAGAAAUUUCAGCGAUGAAGAUGAUCAAUCAUCCAAAUGUUAUCAAAAUAUUUGAGGUGAUGGCAAGCAAAACGAAGAUUUACAUUGUCUUGGAGUUGGUUAAUGGGGGAGAAUUAUUUGACCAAAUAGCUACAAAUGGAAGACUUAAAGAGGAUGAAGCAAGAAGUUAUUUCCAACAACUAAUCAAAGCAGUUGAUUACUGCCAUAGUAGAGGCGUCUAUCACAGAGAUUUGAAGCCAGAGAAUCUUCUUUUGGACACAAAUGGUGUUCUUAAAGUUUCAGAUUUUGGACUUAGUACAUACUCACAACAGGAGGAUGAACUUCUCCGUACAGCUUGUGGAACGCCGAAUUAUGUUGCUCCUGAGGUGAUUAAUGAUAGAGGUUAUGUUGGUUCUGCGUCUGAUAUCUGGUCUUGUGGAGUCAUUCUCUUUGUACUUAUGGCAGGUUACUUGCCCUUCGACGAGCCAAAUACAAUCGCACUUUAUAGGAAAAUUGGUAUGGCUGAUUUCACUUGCCCGUCUUGGUUUUCUCCGGAGGCGAAGAAACUGCUCAAGUCUAUCCUUAAUCCAAACCCUUUAACUAGGAUAAAAAUUCCUGAACUCUUGGAAGAUGAAUGGUUCAAAAAAGGAUAUAAGCCAGCUUCUUUUACAGAGGGAAAUGAUGUCAAUGUAGAUGAUGUUGCUGCUGCAUUCAAUGAUUCCAAGGAAAAUCUUGUGAAGGAGACCAAAGAGAAACCCGUGUCGAUGAAUGCUUUUGAGCUUAUUUCUAGAUCACAAAGCUUCAAUCUUGACAAUUUGUUUGAGAAACAAAAGGGAGUUGUAAAGCGCGAAACGCAUUUCACUUCGCAGCGUCCUGCAAAUGAAAUUAUGUCUAAAAUUGAGGAGGCUGCCAAACCUCUUGGAUUUAAUGUUCACAAGAGAGAUUAUAAGAUGAAGUUGCAAGGUGAUAAAAGUGGAAGGAAGGGUCACCUUUCAGUGGCUACUGAGGUUUUCGAAGUGGCUCCCUCGUUGCAUAUGGUGGAGCUGCGAAAGACAGGCGGCGACACACUAGAGUUUCACAAGUUCUACAAAAUCUUUUCAUCUGGGUUGCAAGACAUAGUGUGGCAUACUGAACCAAAACAAUGAAAAAUCAAGGUGCAAGGGGAUAAAGCAAUGCACUUAUUCUGGUUACUUUAAGAAGGAGCAUGUGUUACUUGGGAGUGUCUGGUUUGAUGUAUGUUUAUAGAGAAAAACAGAUACUGCAAAACUUGAGGCAUAUAUUUAAUUUGAUUUGGAAUCUGUAAAAAGACUUUCAUUAGCCUUAGAGCUAAUAUGAUGUGCAGCAUAAAAAAGACUUGUAUCUUAUUAUAAUCUAUUGCAAAUUGUGGCAUAUGUUAUAAGUUAAUUCUUUAAAAGUAUAUAAUUAUAUACAUGGCAAAGGAUGCCUAUUAUUCU